AUGUCGCUACCUUCGAGUCCAACGCCAACCGAGUCGCUCCUUCCUCGACCAGAAUCCGGCUCCUCCCCAGCGACUCCCAUCAGAAAUGAGAACCCGACCAAACAGAAUGUUCCAACGAAGAGCCUUGACACAACUCCAAGUCCAAGCCUCAGGGAGAGACGUGGGCGAAGGCCGAAUUUCACCAACGGAUCCUUUCGACCAUUAUCAGUUUUCACCAAGAGUCUCUUGCUACCUUUCGACCUAGAUACUGACAAGGCCCUUGACGUUCUAAAGGGUGACAGCCCCGAUCGUGUUGAGGAAGCUAAGCAUGCUUUGGACAUCGACGACGAAGAAGCAGAACAGGGAUCGUGUUCUACAGGCACGGAGUCCUCCUCGUCACAAACUGCCACACUAGUCGAAGGUAUGGAGCCAGUAACAGCAGGGCGAGAUUCAGGCAUGGAUCUGAUCACAGCACUCAAGAUGACCUCGCCAGAUAAAGACUCGGCAAGGAAGAUCACAGCUGAUUUCGACACAUUAUGCGAGCUGCCUAUUCCCGAAGCCUCUCAGCACCCUUCCUUUUCCACGAAUCCUUUCGCCAUGAACUCCGAUGCACCGUUACUCUUCACUGCCACGAGCAUUGACAACAUCCGCCUUUUCAACUACAAAACCAGUCAGCAACGUGAGAGCAAUCCGAAAUCUGGAAGAGAAAGUAUUGAGCGGAAGCGGAGCUUCUUUGGUUUGGAGCUUAGAACACCUGCAUCAGUCAAGAGCAAGAAUGCAUUCAGUGCAGCUGACGACUCACCACUAUCGGCGAUGAUUCCGACGCCGAGCAGCAUUCCUGCACCACGAACAAGCAACAACUACGGGUCACUGAGAGGUUCCUCUCCUCUGAUGGAGUUUAUCGUACCCAAGGAAACUGCUAGUUCAAACAGCACUAGCGGUUCAGUAAGAAAGUUCUCAGAUCUGUUCAAGAAGAAGGAUAGCAUGGAGAGAAGUCUUGGCCCUCCAGUAUGGUCACCUCGAAACUCCCUAGAGAGUCCCAACUUGGAGAGAUAUGACCUAGUGAGUGUCACAAGGAUCAGCUAUGUCGUCACUGCUAACCCAGCCCAGGAAAAAUAUUUACGUCGAACAACCUACACUCCGACCUAUGACUAUGAUCCAUAUUCACCAUAUCCUCGACACCCAAAUACUGCCCGAGGCUGGAAAUCACGGAAUCUCAAAUGUACUACCUGCGCUCAUGAGAGCUGUGCAGUUUGUCACCGAGUCUGCUGUGCCUAUCGAGCCGCCGUGCUGGCUGAUGAAGUACACAAAGACGGUUCCCCGGCUCGAACGAGAGCCAACCAGCAGAUUCAGGAGAUCACUCGACUCUUCCCGUAUGGUCGAGAAGCACCAACAUUUCUGCAAUGUACAGCUGGGUCUGGUGAAACGGAGGCUGGUUGCGGCAAAACGAUUUGCCCGGAUUGCUGUAGUAUUUGUCCAGAUGAGAUGUGUGGCGAUACCUUGUGCAGAAAGUGUAAACCAGCCAUGUGGGAGGAAUGUGAUUGGCACAAAGGAGAUACCAUUAUGGUCGGAAGUAAAUAA